AUGAAUUCUCCUCAAUAUCAAAAAUGUUACACGGAGCCGGCGUGCGAUAAGAAUACUUCAAUUAACACACAGGAAGAAACAGUAAAAGACCACGUCAAAAAUGUAGAUUGUGGAAAUCAAAAGCCCGCAACUAAAAAUGGGCAAUUUUACAAAUGUUGUACUUUAUCACCCGUUGUGCCAACCCCUUUGAUCAAUAUCGAUUGUUGUGAAAAGGCAAGACCUUGCAAGGGCAACUUUUGUUCAUCAGUAAAUGCUGACUGUGACGAUUUCGAAUUGACACCUUACGGAAAAGAAUUCGUUUUAAGAACUGGAAGAUUAAUUCAAAAUUGUUUAUGUGUAAAACUCAAUGGCCUACAAGAUUCGUGUAAACAUCCUGGUUGCUGCACCAAAAUAGGCUGCAUGGAUAUCCCGUUUCCAAAUUGUCCGCCAGCACGUUUGUGGAAAAACGAAUAUAUCUGCAGAAAUAAGAAAAAACCCCAACUUUGUUCAGAUGAAUAA